AAAAACACAGAGGAGCCAAAGUUUUUCACACGAGGAUGGACGGAGCGAAGCGGUCGGACUAGUGUGUGUGUGUGUAUAUAUGUUCACUUUUCUCUAGAGAAGAAAUUCUGAAGAAGCUUGGUACUUUGGAGGAAGAACGACGUGUUUGGGUUAAAUUCGGAGCUUUCGUGGAGUAAAGAAGAAAAGAAAGAGUGUUUUUUUUGGGGGGGAAAUGUCGCCGCUCGGCGCUGGAGGUUAUGUGGCUCUUCUGCUGGUUUUCGCCGCAGCGCGACUCACACACGGCGACACGGAGAGUUUAGAGCCGUGUCCGAGUCCCUGUACGUGCACUGGCUCUUUACUGGACUGUAGUCGGCUCAUGAAAGGCUCCAAACUGCAUCAUCUUCAAAGACUCCCUUCAUGGAUCACACAAGUGGACCUGAGCCAUAACAAAUUACGAACACUUCCUGCAGCACUGUUUACCAGACCGCACCACCUAACCCAAAUAAAGCUGGAUAACAACGAACUGGAGACGGUGCCAGAUUUCGGUCCGUGUUCUGGCAAUAUCAGCACCCUCAUUCUAGCAAAUAACAAGAUCUCAAGCAUAUCACUGGAGCAGCACAGACGGUUGUCUUCCCUGGAGACCCUGGACCUUAGCAACAACAACUUGGUGGAUGUGAAGGGAUUCCCUCCUCUCCCUCUGAAAAACCUGUUUCUGAAUAACAACCGCAUAUCUACAUUGGAACCAGACUGCUUUAAAAAUCUGUCCGACACCCUGCUGGUGUUGAGACUGAACAGGAACCGUCUGAACUCCAUUCCUGCCAAGACCUUUCAGCUUGGCAACCUUCAACACCUAGAUCUGAGUCGGAACCGGUUACGGCGAAUUAAAAGCUUGACCUUCAACGGGCUUCACUCUCUCCAGUCUUUAAACAUGCAGAGGAACGGCAUCGUGCGUUUGCUGGACGGAGCGUUUUGGGGUCUCAGCACGAUGGAAAUACUGCAGAUGGAGUACAAUAACCUGACGGAAGUGAGUAAGGGUUGGCUGUACGGACUGUCGUCUCUGCAGCAACUGCAUCUGGCACACAACGCCAUCACUCGCAUCAAAGCUGACCCCUGGGAGCCUUGUCCGAAACUCGCCGAGCUAGACCUCAGCUCUAAUCAGCUGGUGCGGCUGGAGGAGGGCAGCUUCAUGCGCCUGAGCGAGCUCAAGCAGCUCUCUAUUGGUUACAACAACGUCAGCUUCAUCGCGGAUGGAGCCUUCAGAGACCUCGCUCGUCUGCACACGCUCGAUCUGCGAUAUAACGAGAUUUCCUGGACUAUCGAGGACAUGAAUGGACCCUUUUCUGCACUGAACAAUCUUCAGAAUUUAUUUCUUCAAGGAAAUCAGAUUCGAUCGGUUACCAAGAAGUCGUUCACAGGACUGGACUUGCUGGAGCGACUUGACCUCAGCAACAAUGCCAUCAUGUCAAUUCAAGGAAAUCCUUUUUCCCAGAUGAAGAAACUAAAAGAAAUGCACCUGAACACGUCAAGUCUUCUCUGUGACUGCCAACUGAAGUGGUUCCCGCUGUGGGUGGCAGAGAACGCCAUUCUGUCUUUAGGUAACGCCAGCUGUGCCCAUCCACAGCCACUGAAGGCCAAGAGUGUCUUUGCGGUCAGCCAGGACGAAUUUGUUUGUGAUGAUUUUCCCAAACCGCAAAUCACGGUGCAGCCUGAGACGCAGUCAGCCAUCAAAGGCACCAACGUGACCUUCGUUUGCUCGGCAGCCAGCUCCAGUGACUCGCCCAUGACCUUCGCCUGGAAGAAGGACAACGAGGUGCUGAACAACGCAGAGAUUCACAACCAGGCUCAUCUCAGAGCGCAAGCCGGCGAUGGGAGCCAGGUUACCGAGUACACGACCACACUGCAGCUGCGCCAUGUGGAAUCUUCCAGCGAGGGCAAAUACCAGUGCGUCAUCUCCAACCACUUUGGCUCCACCUAUUCCACCAAAGCCAAACUCACUGUCCACAUGCUGCCAUCGUUUUCCAAAAUCCCUAUGGAUCUGACGGUCCGUGUUGGAGCCACCGCCCGGCUGGAGUGUGCCGCUACCGGGCAUCCGACUCCUCAGAUAGCCUGGCAGAAGGACGGGGGCACUGACUUUCCAGCUGCAAGAGAGCGCCGGAUGCACGUUAUGCCCAGCGAUGCCGUCUUCUUCAUCGUCAAAGUGAAAACGGAAGACAUCGGCGUGUACAGCUGCACCGCCCAGAAUACAGCCGGGUCCAUUUCUGCCAAUGCCACGUUAACUGUACUAGAAAUGCCUUCUUUCCUGCGUCCUCUGACGGACCGCACUGUAGCUAGAGGCGAAACGGCCGUGCUGCAGUGCAUCGCGGGUGGAAGCCCCCCGCCACGCCUAAAUUGGACCAAAGACGAUGGGCCGCUAGCGUUGACCGAGCGCCACUUUUUUGCGGCUGGAAACCAGCUUCUGAUCAUCGUGGACGCAGCAGAGACCGAUGCCGGCACUUACACCUGUGAGAUGUCUAACCCGCUGGGAACGGAGAGGGGAAAUGUGCGCCUGGCUGUCUUGCCAAACCCUAACUGUGAGUCAAACCAGGCAGGCACCGGGGCACUGGGCCCAGGAGGCAGUGGAACAGAGGAUGACGGCUGGACCACAGUGGGCAUCGUCAUAAUUGCCGUAGUGUGCUGUGUGGUGGGGACGUCCCUGGUGUGGGUGGUCAUCAUCUACCACACACGCAGACGCAACGAGGACUGCAGCGUCACCAACACCGAUGAGACCAAUCUUCCAUCAGACAUUCCUAGCUAUCUGUCAUCUCAGGGAACGUUGGCAGAGCGUCAGGACGGUUAUGUGCCCUCUGAGAGCGGCAGCAAUUACCAGUACGUGAGCUCUUCCAUGGGAGGAUUCUACCUGCAACCUAAAGACAUGAAAGGUGUUUGUCAGCUAGACACAGGAAGUGAAACAGACAUGGAGGCAGCCAUCGACCCUCUGCUUUGCCAUUUCCAAGGGCCGAUCGGCACACUGCUGAGGAGAGGCAACCUGUAUGGCCCAGACCCCACAGACAUGUACACAGGCUGUGCUGCAGAUCAGAGGCUUAUGUGCAGAGAUUCGUACAGCCCGUCACUCCCCAGCUUAAAAAAGAGAGAUUAUUACACGUACACUCCUUCAUUGUCCUCAGACUCUUAUGACCAUGUUAACCCUGGGGUGCUGGUCCAGCGUGAUGGCGGAGAGUGUAUGCAGUCACAACUGCCUUCUGCCUCUUACAUGGGUACUUUUGGUAAAGCACCCUGGAGACCGCAGCAGGAGCUGUACCCCGGCCUGUGCACUUCAGUGUCUCACAAAGGAGCGACACAUCAUGAGAACAUCUACACAGCCCUCGACUACGACUCAGAGCACGAGGAGGAACUCUCCACUCAUUCGCUUUCUCAGAAUCUAAAGUUGGAACAGGAUAGCAGUGUGUACGAGCUGCCGUUCGACAGCAACAGGACAGUGGAGAGCUGCCUGAGCUCUCAAUGCUCUUCAUAGCACCACAGGCAGAGAAACAGAAAAAAGACUGCAACCUCUGUUCGUUUUUUUAAAAAAAAACCUUGAAAAAUGAAAAAAUGUAAGAAUUCUACCUCAGCUUGGACGCUUGAUGUGCACGCUGGUUCUGAAUGUAGAAGGUAAAAAUGAGGAAUCCUUCCGAAAGUUUGAAACUGUUUUUUAAAAAAUAUAUCCGCUGUUACUUUUGUACAAAAAAAAAACAGAUAUCAAAAAAUAUAUAUACAUUUUAUAAAGUUAAUUUUAUUUUGUAAAUUAACUGUAAAUAGGGUCCAUUAUUUUGCAUACUUUUUUUUUUUUUUGGAAGAUUGUUGUCAUGAACAGACAUGAGUCAAAUAAUCAGAAAAAUAAAUAUAAGGGAAUUGUAAUGGCUGGUCCACCUCUUCUGCACAAAGGCUUCUUUGUGUUUCUGUGCAAUGUUUGCAUAUGACAGCACAACAUCUCGGCGGUACUUUUUCCUAGUAAUAAUAUGGCUAGUGACUUUUUAGGACUUCAAAAAGGAUGUACUCCAGCAAGUGAAUACAAUGCUUAGCCUAUUUCUGUUUGUGAGUCUGUUCAGUUAUACAUGCAUAUGCUUUUUUUUUUUUUUUUUUGCUCUAAGUAAAGCACCGGUUUGCACAUAUCACUCUUUGAUAAUAAAACAUGUGCUGCUACA